AUGGCUUCCCGACUCGACCGUCUCGUCACGCUACUCGAGACGGGCAGCACUCAGUUGAUUCGUAAUACUGCUGCUCAGCAGCUUGCAGAUGUACAGAAACAGCAUCCAGAUGAGCUGUUUAAUCUACUCGGGCGCAUCCUGCCUUACCUCAGAUCCAAGUCCUGGGAUACAAGGACGGCUUCCGCCAAAGCUAUUGGACUGAUUGUCUCCAACGCAGAGAUUUAUGAUCCAAACGAGGAUGAUGGACUGCAGAUUAAGUCUGCAGCAGACGAAGAUGAUGUGGAGAUCAAGUCCGAGGUCAAAUCCGAAGAGCUAACCCUAGCUGAUGAUUUCCUCAAACUUGACACCUUGGACAUCCCUUCCGUAUUAAAAUACGGUAAGCGGCUGCUUGGCAGUGCGGGCAAGGAGUAUGAAUACUCCCUAGCGUCCAUGGAACCAGCUUCACGCCUGCAGCACCAAAAGAAGACUUUGAACUCACGGUUGGGUCUCGAAGGCGAAUACCUUGAAGAAGACCUGAUCGAGGAUAUUGAAUUGGCCCCUAAAGUGGUAACUCCUGCCCCAAAGCAUGAGCCGACUAUCCCGCCAAUCUCUCACCAGAAGAGUCUGCAUGAAGCUCCCUCCCGCCGGCCCUCCUCGCCUAGCGAAAGUGCGAUGAAGGAGGACGGGGGACUGAGCAAGCGGCAGCUCAAUCAGCUCAAACGGAAAAACAAACAGAAUGCCAAGAUGGGGGCCAAUAAGGUCCGUGUCGUGGAUUUGUCUUCCCGUCGACAGUCAGAUAUUGUGACAACCCCUAUGGCCACAACUCCCCAUCCUGUCAAAGCAGAGAACGGAGAUGAUCAGAACGGCGACACAAAACCUGAUUACUUUUCCUUCGAACGCACGGAAGAAGAUGACGAUUCCAAGCUUGUUUCUGAAUUCAAAGGAACUGCCGCCCCACAGCGACCUCAUAUCCAGCCAGAGAUCGUGGAGCAGGGUGCAGGAUGGCCUCUUGAACACAUGUGUGAAUUCUUGACUAUGGACAUUUUUGACUCUAACUGGGAAGUUCGACAUGGUGCCGCAAUGGCCCUGCGUGAAGUGAUCAGGGUCCAGGGCGUGGCAGCUGGCCGCCUGGAUGGAAAAAGUCGCUCAGAAAAUGAUGCACUCAACCGCCGGUGGCUGGAUGACCUCUCAUGCCGACUACUCUGCGUUCUGAUGCUUGACCGGUUCGGUGAUUACAUUUCAGACAAUGUGGUUGCGCCGAUUCGCGAAACCGUGGGCCAGACUCUCGGUGCCCUUCUAUCACACCUACACCCGAACUCAGUCCGAGCAGUCUACCGAUGCCUAUACCGGAUCAUAAUGCAGACUGACUUAGGAUUGGACCGCCCCGUAUGGGAGGUCUGCCAUGGUGGUAUGAUCGGGUUGCGGUACCUCGUCGCAGUUCGAAAGGAUUUACUUGUCAAUGAUUCCAACAUGAUGGAUGGCGUCCUGGAAGCUGUCAUGAAAGGACUCGCUGAUUAUGAUGAUGAUGUCCGGGCUGUUAGCGCCGCCACACUUGUUCCUAUUGCAGAGGAGUUUGUGUCCUCCCGGACUGGCACGCUUGGCCCUCUGAUGAACAUCGUCUGGGACUGUCUCUCCAACCUACAGGACGAUCUUAGUGCCAGUACAGGCUCUGUGAUGGACCUUUUGGCCAAGCUGUGCACAUUCUCUCAAGUCUUGGAUGCUAUGAAGGCCAACGCUGCAGAUGAUCUGGAAGCGUCAUUCGGAAAACUUGUCCCCCGUCUCUACCCAUUCCUCCGCCAUACGAUCACCAGCGUUCGCUCGGCUGUCCUUCGGGCUCUCAUGACAUUUUUGAAGCUGGAGGGCGAGCGCACCACGGACUGGGUAGAUGGCAAGGCAUUGCGCUUAAUUUUCCAAAAUCUUCUCGUGGAGCGGAACGAGGGUGUUUUGAAACUGUCUGGCCAAGUGUGGUCUGAACUCCUCAAUGCUGUUCAGCUGCGCGGCUCAUUCAAAUCCGACGAGGAGUUAUCGGAGUCUAUUCAGCCUCUUGUCACUCUCACUCUGGGCGCUUUCGGCGUUCCCCGGUACCCCAUCCCGAUGAACACCUCGCUCUUUAUCAAACCGUCUGGCGGGGCUGAGAUCAAGGUGGGACGGAGGCGCAAAUCGGAGAAGAAGGAAAAAGAACAACCCCCGCCCUCAGCUCACAAUGUGGACGGACACAUGCUUUCCGGUGACAUUGACCUCGUUGGUGCAGAUACCAUGCUGAGAUCCAAGAUAUAUGCCGCGAAGGCGUUGGGCGAGCUGAUAUCUUUCUGGGACAAGAAUGAAUUACCAAGCCUUUGGCCGGCAAUUCUGGAUGGUCUUCAUGUUUCUGCUUCCACAACGCAGCUUGCUUCGGCUAUGGUCAUAGAAGAGUAUGCUCGUCAAUCUGGACCAGAGAGCAAAUAUCGUUCGUCUUUGUGUGAUCGUCUUAGACCAAUCCUCGAAGGCGAGCGCCCACCCUGGUAUGCGGACAUUGCGUGCUACCUUCAUGUUGCGCGCUCCCAGUGCCAUUCAUUGUUGAAUACUUUCCGGGACCAUGCGCACGUGGCACCCUCUCGGCUGCCAACCUUGGCCGUGGUCGUUCAGGGCGACUCAGAAGCCGGACCUAAUGCAUUUUCCUUGGCGGAUGCCGAGAAAAUCGUCGGUCCUGACUUUGAUCGACUGAAGAAAAACCUCACACCGGCCCAACGAAUCACUGCUACGCAAGUCUUGAAUGAUACUCGUACAACUGCACAAUCCGCCGUCGAGGAGGCAAGAAUGAUGAGGGAACAACGGGACAUGCGUGUUCUAGCUGCCACUGCUGGUGCCCUGGUCGCGUUGCGGGAUAUCCCCAAGAAGCCUGGUCACAUCAUCAAGGGUAUGAUGGACAGUGUCAAGAAAGAGGAGAAUUUAGAACUCCAGCAGCGCUCUGCGACAGCAGUGGCAGGACUCAUAGAACACUACACAGCUGCCACGAAGCGUGGACCUGUGGACAAAAUCAUUGGAAACUUGGUCAAAUACUGUUGUGUGGACACUUCUGAGACACCUGAGUUCCCGCACAAUGCGCAAUUGGAAAAAUCAAUCUUGUCGCUACGCAAAGAAGAAGACCGACGUGACCAUCCAGAUGCGGCCAAAUUCGAAAGAGAGGCGAGAGAGGCACGGAUUAUGCGUCGUGGUGCCAAGGAUGCGCUGGAGCAGCUGGCAGUCAAGUUCGGUGCUGAGCUUUUGGAGAAGGUCCCGAAUCUCGCAAAAUUGGUUGAACGGCCACUGAGAGAUGCUUUGGCAGAAGAUGAACUUCCCGAGGACAUCACUAACCCAGAGAAUGAACUUGGCCAAGAAAUCGUGGAUGGUCUGUCUACACUGCGGGCUCUGCUGCCCAAGUUCCAUCCCGGUCUCCACGAAUGGGUUAUCGACCUUAUGCCGAUUAUCGCCAAGGGUUUGCAGUGCCGACUUUCUGUCAUUCGCUACGCGGCAGCCAAAUGUUUCGCUACAAUUUGUAGUGUCAUCACCGUUAAGGGUAUGACAAUGCUGGUUGAAAAGGUCUUGCCGAUUAUUAACAAUGGGUUGGAUGUCAAUCACCGCCAAGGUGCGAUUGAGUGCAUCUAUCAUCUGAUCCAUGUUAUGGAAGAUGGAAUUCUCCCCUAUGUCAUCUUCCUCGUGGUUCCUGUCCUUGGCCGAAUGAGCGACUCCGACAACGAUGUGCGUCUUCUAGCAACAACAUCAUUCGCCACUCUUGUCAAACUGGUUCCCCUGGAGGCCGGUAUUCCCGACCCCCCUGGCUUCUCGGAAGAGCUACUCAAGGGCCGUGACCGAGAGAGGAAGUUUAUGUCCCAGAUGCUGGACGUGCGUAAGGUUGAGCCAUUCGAAAUUCCAGUCGCUAUCAAGGCUGAGCUUCGACCUUACCAGCAGGAUGGUGUCAACUGGCUUGCCUUCCUCAAUCGCUACAAUCUCCAUGGUAUUCUUUGCGACGACAUGGGUCUUGGAAAGACCCUGCAAACUAUUUGCAUCGUGGCAAGUGACCACCAUAUGCGAGCGGAGGAGUUCGCCAAGAGUCAGUCGACGGACUCUCGAAAACUGCCUUCUUUGAUUGUCUGCCCGCCUUCUCUGUCUGGACAUUGGCAGCAGGAAGUUAAGCAGUAUGCUCCAUUCCUCAGCUGCAUUGCAUACGUUGGCCCUCCUGCAGAACGGUCGAGACUUCAACCACUGCUGGCCACCGCGGAUGUCAUUGUAACUUCCUAUGAUGUUUGCCGCAACGACAAUGAUAUCCUCUCGCCUAUCAACUUCAAUUACUGCGUGCUCGACGAAGGCCAUCUUAUCAAGAACCCCAAGGCCAAGAUCACAACUUCAGUUAAAAAGUUAGCGAGCAAUCACCGUUUGAUCUUGUCUGGUACUCCAAUCCAGAAUAACGUCCUCGAACUGUGGUCGUUGUUUGACUUCUUGAUGCCCGGUUUCUUGGGAACAGAGAAAGUCUUCUUGGAUCGGUUUGCCAAGCCCAUUGCAGCGAGCCGUUUCAGCAAAUCUUCUUCCAAGGAACAAGAGGCAGGUGCUUUGGCAAUCGAGGCACUGCACAAACAGGUCCUGCCAUUCCUACUCCGACGUCUGAAAGAGGAAGUCUUGAACGACCUCCCUCCCAAGAUUAUCCAGAACUACUACUGCGACCCAAGUGAACUGCAGAAGAAAUUGUUCGAGGACUUCUCCAAGAAGGAGCAGAAGGAGUUGGCAGACAAAGUGGGCAGCGCAGACCGAGGCGACAAAGAGCAUAUCUUCCAGGCGCUCCAAUACAUGCGACGUCUAUGUAACUCUCCUGCCUUGGUUGUCAAGGAAGGCCACAAGCAGUACGACGAGGUGCAAACCUUCCUAACUGCCAAGCGUUCAAACAUCAGAGACCUUUCCCACGCACCCAAGCUAAACGCCCUGAAAGAUUUACUGGUGGAUUGCGGCAUUGGCCUUGACCAUACAGCAGAGGGUGAACUGGACACAGGUGCAAGCUAUGUCAGCCCCCACCGGGCCCUUGUGUUCUGUCAGAUGAAGGAGAUGCUGGACAUUGUGCAGAACGAUGUGCUCAAGAAACUCCUCCCAUCUGUUCAAUAUCUUCGCCUUGAUGGAGGCGUGGAAGCAACCAAGCGCCAGGAUAUCGUUAACCGGUUCAACACCGAUCCCAGUUAUGACGUUUUACUCCUGACCACCAGUGUUGGUGGACUGGGUCUCAACCUUACUGGUGCAGAUACCGUCAUUUUCGUGGAGCACGACUGGAACCCGCAGAAAGAUAUCCAGGCUAUGGACCGUGCUCAUCGUAUCGGCCAAAAGAAGGUUGUCAACGUGUACCGCCUGAUCACGCGGGGCACCCUGGAGGAGAAGAUCCUGAACUUGCAACGAUUCAAGAUCGACGUCGCCUCGACCGUGGUCAAUCAACAGAACGCCGGGCUCGGAACAAUGGACACAGAUCAACUGCUUGACCUGUUCAAUCUGGGCGAAACGGCAGACACAGCCGAGAAGCCUAGCGACACAGCCGGCAAUGAAGUCGACAUGGUCGAUAUUGACGGCGAGGUCAAGGAGAAGGGCAAGAAGGGCUGGCUAGAUGACCUGGGCGAGCUCUGGGAUGACCGCCAGUACCAGGAAGAAUACAACCUGGAUUCUUUCCUGGAAACCAUGAAAAACUGA